ACCUCUUAUUAAAGUUUUGGUUUUAUUCUUCUAGAGAACUUCCGCCAUGAUUGGCCUCACAGUCUCACCAGAGGUGGCCCUUGCAGAUGAGUCAGUGAAAAUCCAAGCUUGGGGUCUCCCACCACAGGAGCUGAUUACACUGAGAGCAUGGCUGAAAGAUGAGAAGGGGCAAAUUUUUCAAUCCCGAGCCUUCUAUAAAACUGACGAUGAUGGGAAGGUGGAUCUAGAACAUACACCGGCCACUGGUGGAGACUUCCAUGGCGUUCAUCCAAUGGGACUCUUCUGGACUCUGAAGCCAGUUACUCCAUUUUUAAGGUUGUUAAAACGUGACGUGAAGGGAAGUCCUUUCUAUGUUCACCUGGAGCUCUACCAUCAGAUUGAAAUCACUUCAUCACCAAAAGAACCUCCAAUCAUCAGUAAAAUUGUAGAAAGGUGGUACACCAGUCCUCAUGUCCAGAGAGUGCAAAUCAGAGAAGGACGAAUCCGAGGUGUUCUCUUCCUUCCACCAGGAGAAGGUCCUUUCCCCGGAGUCAUUGACAUGUUCGGUGGUGUCGGAGGUGUCCUGGAGUUCAGAAGUGGCCUCCUGGCCAGCCGCGGCUUUGCUUCUCUUGCUUUGGCCUAUUUUGCUUAUGAAGACCUGCCAAGCUUUCUGGGGGCCAUGGAUCUAAAAUACUUCGAAGAGGCGGCACAGUUUCUGUGUAACCACCCGAAAGUUUCUGGAGAAGGAGUUGGAGUCCUCGCUAUAUGCAAAGGGGCAGAGAUGGGCUUGGCAAUGGCAACCUAUUUGCCCCAGGUAGCUGCUACUGUCUGUAUCAAUGGAACCAAUGCCGUCAAUGGCAACACUCUCAGCUACGGUGACCUCUUUAUUCCUGGAAUUCCCUAUCAAACAGAGAGACUGCUGUUUACAGACAGGGGGACCCUCAACAUCUCCCGCACAAUGGACGAUCCGAGAAAGCCUGAACACCAGGAUUCCAUAUAUCCAGUGGAGAGGGCCCGGGGUCCUAUUCUCUUCUUGGUGGGUGAAGAUGACCAGAAUUAUGACAGCCUAUUUUUUGCCAAGCAAGCGUUAGCCAGAGCACGCAAAUACAGGAAGAAGGAUGUGUAUUUAAAGAGUUACCCCAAAGUUGGCCACCUUCUUGAGCCCCCCGGUUCCCCCUUUUGCCCUGUGUCCCAAUCUCCAUUCUUCCCACUUCCACUGACCUGGGGAGGGGAGCUUCUGCCACAUUGCAGAGCCCAGGAACACAGCUGGAAGGUAAUACAGGAUUUUCUGCGUAAAAAUAUACCAUGCUCACGGCGGAAUAAAUUAUGAAAAAUUGUU